CACCAGCGCGGGCAGUCCGCGGGGGCCUCAGCGGGAAAGAUGGACGACGAGGAGGAGACGUACCGGCUGUGGAAGAUCCGCAAGACCAUCAUGCAGCUCUGCCACGACCGCGGGUACCUGGUGACCCAGGAUGAGCUGGACCAGACGCUGGAGGAGUUCAAAGCGCAGUUCGGGGACAAGCCCAGCGAGGGCCGCCCCCGUCGCACCGACCUGACCGUGCUGGUGGCUCACAACGAUGAUCCCACCGACCAGAUGUUCGUGUUCUUCCCCGAGGAGCCCAAGGUGGGGAUCAAGACGAUCAAGAUGUACUGCCAGCGCAUGCAGGAGGAGAACAUCACCCGAGCACUGAUCGUGGUGCAGCAGGGAAUGACCCCUUCGGCCAAGCAGUCCCUGGUUGACAUGGCUCCCAAAUACAUCCUGGAACAGUUCCUGCAGCAGGAGCUUCUCAUUAACAUCACGGAGCAUGAGCUGGUUCCAGAGCACGUGGUGAUGACAAAGGAGGAAGUAACAGAGCUGCUGGCCCGAUACAAACUGAGGGAGAACCAGCUCCCCAGGAUCCAGGCUGGGGACCCUGUGGCCCGGUACUUUGGGAUAAAGCGUGGCCAGGUAGUGAAGAUCAUCAGGCCCAGCGAGACGGCGGGCAGGUACAUCACCUACAGACUGGUGCAGUGACACAGUGGGUGUGAGGAGCUGGGCGGCUCCCACCAGCAGUUCACAGGCACUCGGAAAUUCCUGCACUUCAGAGAUGGUCAAGGAAAUCCUCUUCCCACAUUGCCUCUCUGCAGCCCUGUCACUGGGCCUCAUUCCCUGUCUUCCAGCUUGGACUUUGUGCUGACCCCUCAGUCCCAUCCAGGACUCAGCUGUGGAGACCUGAAGCAACGGGAAAAAACGAGUGGGAAAGGUUUUUGCUUCCCUGUUUUAUGGGCUCUUGUUUGAAAUAAAGGUUUGUACCCUCA